CAAAAGGAAACAAUAUUUGUUUACUGUUUUUAAGUCCGUCUUUAUUUUAUUAAAGUACUAAUAAUCUGUGAAAACAUGAUUCGGGAAUGAUGAUUAAUAUAUCCUCUUAUUUAAUAUAUUUUAAAGAAAUUCAUUAAAAUCAUAAAAUUAUUGGGAAGUGAUUACAUACUGCGCGCGCAUACAGUUUUAUUCAUGACAUUCAUUUAGUAAAAGGGAUUUGUUCAAAAAUGCAGCAAUUUCAAAUUAAAUGGAAUAAUCAUCUGAAUAUAUUUUCUUCAGCUCUAUCGAAGUAUUUUCAUGAUAAGAAAUUUUUGGAUGUUAUUCUGGUGGUCGAAAAUGGAAAUCAUAUGAUUCAAUGCCAUAAAAUAGUCCUUGAUGCUUGUUCACAAUACUUUUCAAACAUAUUCAAGAGCAAAUUAUUAGAAGAAAAAAACAUCGUAAUUUGUUUACCAAAGGAAAUCGAGCUAUGGGAAAUUCAAGCAGUUUUAAAUUAUAUGUAUAAUGGAGAGGUUUGUAUUUCACAAGACGGUCUGAAGAGCCUUGUGAAAUGUGCUGAAAUUUUACAAGUCAAAGGACUCUGUGGCGUUGACUCUAUAUCUGAAAGGAAAAUCAAUUCAAAUGAUAUUUCAGAUGAUGCAAUUAUAAAACAUGAAAUCAGCAUAGACGAAGAAGAAACUGAAAUUUUUGAGACUGAUUGUGUGCAAUCAAUAGUAAAAGAAAAAGAUAUCUCACAAGAAAGGACGACAGAUCAUGCUGUAACUUCUCACCUUAAAAACAACGAGACUGAAAAUUUUCUUAGAGUGAAAAAGAACUUGUUUAACAAAGAAGAAUCGAUUUUAGAACGAGUCAACGUACCAAAUAAUAAUGGCAACAAUCUGCCAUCUUCCAAUAAUCGAGAUCAAUAUGAUGCAUUUGAGAAUAUUAUAUGCUCACCAUCAAUAUUUAUGGAAAACGAUAAAGAAUCUAUUGAUACCAAAACUGCAAUUAAAUUCCAAAGUAGUAAAAACGUAACGAAUCCAAAUGAAGAUGAAGACCAAAAUAUGAUGUACACAAAUGAUGUUUUAUACGAUCUUAUCAGUAAGAAAAUGACUGGCGGUAAUUUAGCAACUGACACGGAUGGCGAUUGCAAUUUGAUGAUAUCUUCUGUAAACUCAUUAAACGACGAUGCAAAUACAGAUUCAGAUGCAAAGAAAUCGAUAGCCGGACUUUAUUUGCGAAAUCCUAGAGGAAAUCAAAUUCGUCAAUAUGAUGUUAAUGCUUUGUAUUCUGCUCUUGAGGACGUUCGAAAUGGAGUUAGCAUAUAUAGGGCUGCCCAAACAUAUAGCAUUCCGCGCAAAACUCUCAGGAACUGGAUGAAACGUUUGCACAUUAAAUCUCACUUCCCGAUGCCCAAACAACUCGCCAAAGCUGCUGAAAAGAAGAAAAGCCUACAGAACAGCAUUUUGAUAGAUGGAAUGGACGGUGAUAAUCCCUUUAAAACCGAAGAAGUUGAAUUCAAAACCAACAUAAAUUUUUGAAAAAGUCAUUUAAUUAAUUAACGAGUUUUGUGUCUGUAGCCAUACGCUAAAGUCAAUAUCAAUUGUAAAUUAUUUUUCAACCAAUACUUUUGUGUUGGAUAUUUUGAAUUGAUUUCUGAAUAAUCGGAAAAAAGAUGGUACUGAAUUUUUUUGUAAUGAUUUUUGAGUACGAAUAACUGCAAUUAAUAAUAAUACACUUAUAAAUCCUAUAUGCUACUUAUAACUCAUAGAAUAAUAUUUUAAGCUAUAAUUUGAUGUAAUGUUUGAAAUAUCGAUAUUAUCUAGUCAUUUUCUUUAUUUUAAAGAUAAAUGUGCAUACUUUAAGUAUAUAAUUUUAGUUCCAUUGAUUAAAUGUUCCUUAUUUUUAUUUUUAUGAUUUUAUACAAAUGAUUUCAAAGCUCUUUAAGCUUUUGACUGAAAAUUUUUAUCAUAUAUAUUUAUUUUUGUUCCAAAGAAGUAUCAGAUUUCAUAUGUGGCAAUGUACUUUAUGAUUUAUAUCAGUGAAAAAAUAUUUAAUAAAG